CUCCCUCACUCUCUGUGUCUGGCAUUUCGUUCUCUCUCUCUCUCCAUCAGUUCGUCUCCGGCUAUAUAUACCCACUCCUCGAAGCAGCUGAGCACGCACAACUGCAGGCUCCGCUCAGCUAUAGAACUCAAGCUUUUUUAUCUGCCACAGCCGCGGCGCCGGGCAUACGGAGAUAUGGCGGACUGCAUGCAGGAGUGGCCGGAGCCCGUCAUGCGCGUGCAGGCGCUCGCCGAGAGCGGCCUCUCCGCCAUCCCGCGCUGCUACGUCAAGCCGCCGUGCGACCGCCCCGUGCCGCCGGCGGCGGCGGCGGCGGAAGCCCAUCAGCUGGACAGGGAGCUCUCGUCCGACGACGUCUGCAUUCCGGUGGUCGACCUCGGCGAGCUGCUGGCGAACGGCGCCGCCGUCGGCCUCGGCAGCGCCGUCACCAAGGCCGUCGCGGCUGCCUGCCGUGAGUGGGGGUUCUUCCAGGUCGUCAACCACGGGGUGCGCCCGGAGCUGAUGCGCGCGGCGCGGGAGGCCUGGCGCGGCUUCUUCCGCCGCCCGCUCGCGGAGAAGCAGCGCUACGCCAACUCGCCGCGCACGUACGAGGGCUACGGCAGCCGGCUCGGCGUGCAGAAGGGCGCCGUCCUGGACUGGGGCGACUACUUCUUCCUCCACCUCGCGCCGGAGGCGGCCAAGAGCCCGGCAAAGUUCUGGCCGGACAACCCCGGCAACUGCAAGGAGCUGUCGGAGGAGUACGGUCGGUCGGUGGUGCGGCUGUGCGAGCUGCUGAUGCGGGUGCUGUCCGUGAGCCUGGGGCUGGAGGAGGCGCACCUCCAGCGGGCGUUCGGCGGGGCCGGGUGCGGCGCGACCCUGCGCGCCAACUACUACCCGCGGUGCCCGCAGCCGGACCUGACGCUGGGGCUCUCGGCGCACUCGGACCCGGGCGUCCUCACCGUGCUCCUCGCCGACGAGCACGUCCGCGGCCUGCAGGUCCGCCGCGCCGCCGGGGAGUGGGUCACUGUGCAGCCCGUCCGCGACGCCUUCAUCGUCAACGUCGGCGACCAAGUCCAGAUACUGAGCAACUCCCUGUACAAGAGCGUGGAGCACCGGGUGAUCGUGAACGCCAAGGAGGAGCGCAUCUCCCUCGCGCUCUUCUACAACCCCAAGGGCGACGUCCCCAUCUCCCCGGCGCCGGAGCUGGCCGCGGCCGCGGGCGCGGGCGGCGGGCCGGCGGGGGCGCUCUACCCUCCGAUGACCUUCGACGUGUACAGGCUCUUCAUCAGGAAGAAGGGCGCCAAGGGCAAGGCGCAGAUCGAGGCUCUCAAGGGCCAGGUAUUGCCAGAAGAUUAGCUAGGUCGACGACGACUAGCCAGCUUGCUUAGCUACUAGUAGCUGCCUGCUCCUUGAUCUAGUUAAUAAUUCGGAGUUAGCUGGCCGCCGUCAGCUAGCUAGCUUAUCUCCCCCCGUGUAUAAUCUGAUUGUAAUAACGUAUGUGUAAGACCGAUCGACCUACCAUUGCUACCCCGCUUACUAUAAUCGUAUGCUUGCUGGUUGCUGCAUCAGUAGCUGUACAAAUAGUCGAUGAGCAUGGCUGCUCAUCACUGUUGUACUUCAGUAUUGUAAGCCGAAUCAUAUAUAUUUAAGGCAAUAUAUAGUCGUCGCAUGUACUGUGCAUGUGCAUGUUGACCGAUCAGAAAAAUAAAUCCAAGCAGCAUCCGGUUCAUUA